AUGUACACUCUUUUGAUCUCCCUUGCUGCUUUCUACGGCGCUUCCGUCGAUGCGACCUCGCUUCCACCGCGUCAGCACGGGUACAACGCAGUUCGAAUGCCUUUGGGGCUUCCCACACGACCACAAGGAAGGCCUCUAACUCUCCGCAAACGAGACGAAGAGCCCUGCGAAGCUCAAUCGUACAGCACCGACCUCAUUUGGAUGGCUAAUGGCCGUGUACCCGGCAUCAACAUUCAGUUCGGGAACGACGAUCCAUUGACCGUUUUCUUCGACACGGGCAGUACUCCGUUCUGGGUACCCGGCGCGAAAUGGGAAUGCGUGGACGACAUCAGCGGGAACAUCAACAAUAUCACUCAUCGGGAUCGCAAAGCCUGCGGCGAGACCAAGACUUUGCCGGCCGAUUUCUCGUUCUCCGGUGGAGCCAUUCCCGACCAAGGUUUCCACGCCUCGUACGUCAACGGUGAGCUCGGUGCCCUUGGUGUGGUCGGCUACCAGGACGUUGCUUUCGUGGGAUCAGGCCUUACCAUUCCCAAAGUCGUCACCGGCGUCGCGAGCGAGAUUGAUAACGAGGAGGAUAACAACUACGGCCUCUUUGGAGCUGGCUUGGCCUACUCCUAUCCAGCCUACUACUCCCUGUCUGAACUCAAAGAGACCGGCGGGGAUAUUGACGAAGUGGCCGACAUCACGUGGUACCCCUCCGUCAUUCAAAAAGCCGUAGCGGACGGUGUCUUCGCGCCGAAGUUCUCAUACUACCUCUCCGGCAUUGGUGGCGCGGAUGGCAGUGCCUGUGGAAAACUCAUCUUCGGCGGUGAACCAGAUGAUGUCGCUGUCGGACCUUACACCGCGUCUAUUCCCGUGCUCAGGGUCGGAGACUACUGGGAGAGCAAGCCAGACAAGCUCGUCUAUGAGCUAUGGUUCAUCCACGCCGACGGCUUCAAGAUCGUCCCAGUGUCCGGCAAUGCCGAACCUACCGUCUUCUCGUUCCUCGACGAUGAAAAUCCUGAUCCAAUAAAUGCCCCUUCCAAGGCCUUCAAUCAUACCCUCGUCAUCGACACCGGCACGACUUUGACCAACAUCCCGGACGAGGUCUUCUACCCGUGGGCGAAGCUUAUCGACCCGGCCCCGAUCUUGGAAGAAGACUCUGGCCUUUACACUGUCCCGUGUGACCAAACCUUACCGGGUCUGGUGCUGACUGUGGGUGGAGCGGAUCUCUCCUUUAAGGAGUCGAUGAUCUUGCCGCGGAACGAGAAGUCGUGCCAUUUGGGAGUGCAGCCUGCAGGUGCUGGUCCGUCGAUCUUGGGCGUGACAUUUUUGGUCAAUGUGGUCACUGUGCACGAGCUUGGGGACGCGCCGGCCGUGAGAUUUGCGCAGAGGAUGUAG